GUCAUGUCAUAUGAUUGUGCAGUGAGGGGAGUAAACUGAGUAAACACAACAUAAUUACUCAUGAGAAAACUCCGAAAAGUAAUGGACAUUCAUUGUUGAAGUAUGCCGUAGUGGGUAAUUGGGGGAAUAGUGCUAAUUGGCCAUGGAAAAUAAAAGUUCCAACAACUUCAUCAGCUAUGUGGGCUUCGAGGAGCAUGAAAUGCAGAACAUUCAGAUGAGCAGACGGGAUUCCCUGGGGGAGAAUAAAAUAAAAUUGCUGCCGGGUGAGGUCCUCAUAGCCGAGGCGCAGAAUGUGCUCAUGUUCUCCCCAGUCGGGGACCUGAAGCAGGGAAUCUCUGGGACCCUCUCCGUCACAAAUUUCAAGCUAACAUUCAUCACGAGUGACGAUCUCAACGGGGAGGAUAUAAACCGCCAGCAGAAUCACCUCUACGGCUACACAGACUCAUGUUUAUCGAACAUUGACGAGAUCUACUUGAUUACGGGGGACAAGAAGAGAAAACUCAUCCCAGGGAGCACGAUACCAUCUAAGGUCAAAGGAAUUUUCAUUGUGUGCAAGAAUUUUCGCACGUGGUCGUUCUCGUUUAAAUUCUCACCAGUGGGUCAUGGGAAGAAUCUUCUUGCGACACUACUGCAUCAUGCAUUCCCGAGCAGGCAUCAGCUGUUGUUUGCGUAUGAUUUUAAGGAGGUUUACUACAGCAGUAUUGACAAGAAUGUCAAGUUCUUUCGGGAUUUGAGUGAUUGGCGGGGGGAGUUCGAUCGCACAGCCCAGGGGAAUGAAGUGUUGAAGAGGAAUUGGAGAUUGUCUUCUGCUAAUGUGGCCUUCCAAUUGUCACCGAGUUUGCCUCAAUACAUAAUCGUCCCAGCAUCCGUUACCGAUAAUCAAUUGACUGGAGCUGCAGGACACUUCCAAGAAGGUCGUCCCCCCGUGUGGUCAUGGUCGAACAGUCGAGGUGCUGCACUAGUAAAAAUGUCUGAAUUGAUGUCGACGAUCACCGAGAGAACCCAGGAGAACAUAAUGCUGGAGAAUAUACGAAAGAGUCAUCCCCAGAAACUAGCCAUGGCUGUACUCGAGUUGAAUAAAGAAAUAACUGUUAAAUCUAUAGCUACUAGUUUUUCAAAGUUAGUCGCAUUGUGCUCACCAGAGAACAUACGACAGUUCUGGAUGCAGGAUAAUAAUUUCUACUCGUUAUUAGAGAAUUCCAAAUGGUUGAAAUACAUUUCUCAUUGUUUGCAAAAAGCUGUGGAGGCUAGUGAUCACUUGAGCUCCGGAACAUCAGUUAUAUUACAAGAAGGAGCAGGGAGAGAUAUGUGUUGCGUUAUAUCGAGCUUAGUCCAAUUAAUAUCCGAUCCAUAUUUUCGAACGAUAACUGGAUUUCAGUCUCUCAUACAAAAAGAAUGGGUGGCAGCUGGGCAUCCUUUUUGCGAUCGUCUGGGACAUAUCGUGAAAUUCAACUCUGAGAAGUCACCAAUUUUCCUUCUAUUCCUCGAUUGUGUCUGGCAAUUGAUCCAACAGUUCCCAUCGAAAUUUGAAUUCACGGAGACGUAUGUCACGACAUUGUGGGAUGCUGCACAUGUAUCUGUCUUCGAUACAUUCAUAUUUAAUUGCGAGAGAGAUCGAAUGUUUGCAGCUAUGGAUCCAAAUACACCCCUCGUUCUGCGCAGUGUCUGGGACUGGCGAGAGCAGUUCACAGACCAAGACAUUCUCCUCUUCUACAAUCCCCUCUACAACUCGAAAGAGCCAGAAAAAACCCCCCUUAAGCCUCAAUACAAUAUUUCGUGCCUUGAACUCUGGACCCAGUGCUACUUCCGAUGGAUUCCACCCCUGGAGAUCCAUAAUGGUGGCAAAAACCACGUGGAACUGUUCUCGCGUCUCAUGCAGAACGACAUAAAUCAGUUGAGAGUCAACACUAGUGACGGUUGCACCUCUCCAGUGGACAAGGUGACGACAUACUUGGUGCAGAUGAAUAUCGAUAGUUUCUACCCAUUCGGUAAUAAAAAAUCAGGGAAUACUGUGAGCACCCCUAUUAUGAACAGUUCAGCGAUAAUGUCUGAGAGCCUUAUGGACGCACAAUCGCUCAUCACAGCUCCUGACUGAUAGUGAAAGCAUGACUACUUGUACGAAAAAAAUUUAAUGAAAAAAAAAAAUUCUUCUGCAGUUUAUUGAACUUUCUAAUAU